UGUGCUCCAUCUGUCAGUAGCCUACCGCGUCUGCACACAGGGAAGAAGAAGCGUGCAUUCACGUGCUGCUGGCGAGGAGAAAAAUAAGCCCGUGUGGUUGACACGUUUACGCGGUGACAGCGAACCCCGUCUCUGCGUGCGUCUUCGGGACUGUCAAGCCGUCCUUUUGUUGCGGUCGGCGGCCCGGUUGCUGGGAAGAAGGAGAGGGAACGAACGGCCGAUUUUGGCCCCUGAGAAACGCGAUCGCUCUGUGGCGAGGGGACAUGCACGACGGACAGGCUCCCUCGCGUACAUCGGCAUAAACAAGCCUCGCGUCAGAAAUCACCCAUUAUUGACGUGGACGGCAGGCGUUUACCUACAAUAGAAGGCCCGAUUGCAAUAAUCCUGCAGCAAUGCCGGGUUUCGACUACAAGUUUCUGGAGAAACCAAAGCGAAGGUUCCAGUGUCCGCUAUGCAGCAAGGCGAUGCGAGAACCCGUCCAGGUCUCUACCUGUGGACACCGAUUUUGUGACACCUGUCUUCAAGAAUUUUUAAGUGAGGGCGUCUUCAAGUGUCCAGAGGACCAGCUGCCAUUGGACUACGCUAAGAUCUACCCGGACCCCGAGCUGGAGCAGCAGAUCCUGGCCCUACCCAUCCGCUGUAUCCACAGUGAGGAGGGCUGCCGCUGGACGGGCCAGAUGAAGCAGCUCCAGGGCCACUUCUCCACCUGCGCCUUCAACGUCAUUCCGUGCCCCAACCGCUGCGCCAUCAAGCUGACGCGGCGCGACCUGCCCGACCACCUGCAGCACGACUGCCCCAAGCGGAAGGUCAAGUGCGAGUUCUGCGGCAGCGAGUUCUCCGGCGAGGCGUACGAGAACCACCAGGGCAUCUGUCCCCAGGAGAGCGUCUACUGUGAGAACAAAUGCGGGGCUCGGAUGAUGCGGCGCCUUCUGUCGCAGCACAGCAUGGCCGAGUGCCCCAAGCGCACGCAGCCCUGCAAGUACUGCGGCAAGGAGUUCGUCUUCGACACCAUCCAGAACCACCAGUACCACUGCCCCCGCUUCCCAGUCCAGUGCCCCAACCAGUGCGGCACGCCCAACAUCGCCCGCGAGGACCUGGCCAACCACGUGAAGGACAACUGCGGCAGCGCCCUUGUCCUCUGCCCCUUUAAAGACGCGGGCUGCAAACACCGGUGCCCCAAGCUGGCCAUCGGCCGGCACCUGGAGGACACCACCAAGUCUCACCUGACCAUGAUGAGCAGCCUGGUGGGCCGGCAGCGCCAGGAGAUCCUGGAGCUGCGGCGCGAGAUGGAGGAGCUGUCGGUGAGCCACGAUGGCGUGCUGAUCUGGAAGCUGGGCGACUACUCGCGCAAGCUUCAGGAGGCCAAGCUGCGCAACAACCACGAGUUCUUCAGCCCGCCCUUCUACACGCACCGCUACGGCUACAAGCUGCAGGUGUCGGCCUUCCUCAACGGCAACGGCAGCGGAGAGGGCUCGCACCUCUCCAUCUACAUCCGCGUGCUGCCCGGCGAGUACGACAACCUGCUGGAGUGGCCCUUCUCCUACAAGGUGACGUUCUCCAUCCUGGACCAGAGCGACCCGUCCCUGUCCAAGGCGCAGCACAUCACUGAGACCUUCAACCCCGACCCCAACUGGAAGAACUUCCAGAAGCCGUGCAGCACGCGCAACUCGCUGGACGAGAGCACCCUGGGCUUCGGCUACCCCAAGUUCAUCUCUCACGACGAGAUCAAGAAGAGGAACUACGUGCGGGACAACUCGAUCUUCCUCAAGGCGUCGAUAGAGAUCCCCCAGAAGAUCAUGUCCUAAGGCGCAGGUGUUUUAUUUUUUUGGGGGUUUCGCUCUUUUUUCUUUUUUAACUGUGAAGGAGUGAGGAGAAGAAAGGGGAAACGGUUUAAGGAUGGGAACUUGAGACACUUCAGCGAACUCUUAAAACACUUUUCUGUAUAAUUGUACACACUUAUCUUUUUAAGACACUUCUUCCUUUGCAGCCGCCCCCUACCCCUCCGCGACGGGGCUCGGAGCGAGUUUGAUUGGCUCUCGCUCGGCCAACCGGAUGACUCUGUCAGAGAACUCGUCUGUUUGGUCUGCGGAGCCGUCACUCUGAUUACCUGUUGUGUUUUUUUCCUUUUUGUACAAAUUUGGUUGAUGUUUUUUUUCAUUAUGUUUUUUUAAAUCUCGAUCUGCAACGAAAAGCCUUCGAUAUCAAUCAGUGCCUCAAGAGUUUAUAUAAGUUAUAUUUCAGUUUUGUUUUUGUUUUUAUCUUAAGCAUUAGCAUCUUUCGCAUCACAGAUUCUAAAGUACUGGAAACACGGAGGCGGGCUUCAGGUAGUUGAAGAAGAAGGGGGGUGAUCGGGAGGCUUUGCACUUAACAGACAACUAUGGACGCCGGAGCAUCUUGAUGUCCGGGACGGUUUCUUUUUUCAAACAACACACAACCACGUGGAGCUCCGACGAACUCUCUCAGCCCUCAACUGCCUUUUGUUUACACACUCUUAUAGUAUAUACUCCCCGCCGAUCCGUUAACACAUUCAAGGAGAAAAAGAGAUUACCGUUCAUAAAUGUAAGUCGUCCGAUUAACAGAGUGUACCCCCCCCCCCCUCCUGUGUGUUGUGCUGACCCCCCCCCCCCCCCUCGGUGCAGCCGUGUGUGAUUCGUGGUUGAUACUUCCUGUUCCUGUCGUCGGUUUGUGUUCAUGGAACAUCGUGACGUCGUUACCAAAACACGCACACAUACACACAUACAAAUGCGUACGAACUGACACACACACACACACACGCACACACACACACACACACAUACACACAAACACACACAAGCACACACACACACACACACGCACGCACGCACACACACACACACACACACACACACACACACACACACACACACACACACACACACACACACACAGACACACACUGUCACACACGCUCAACAUAGGAGUUUGAGGAUGUUUUUAUCCUAUUGUGGAAUCCCACAAUAGACAAAGCACCUUCGUUUGGGUUCCUUAAAAUGGGCCAAGCAACCAAAGGAAAGGCCAGUCAGAAGGGGUGAAGGUCCGAUGUGUGUUGGAAAGCUGAAGCCAUGUGGCCUUUUUCUAUGUCUUGGCAUGAGUCUGGAGAGGAAGAAGAGAUUGAACCAGUGCAUGCUUUGUGUGCUAUCACCCGGACCACCUUCUUUUAAAAUACUGUAAUCGGUAUCCUUGAAAAACUCUCGCUCUCUCGGUUCCUAAUUUGUUCUUUUUUUCCGGGGACGGUGACAGUCGGGACGAACGGAAACGGUCCGCCGUCGGACGGAACGACGUUGUGUUUUGUUUUUUUAUAUACAUGGAGAAUGUGAACACUGUUGAUAAUCUGCAUCCCUGGAAAGGACCAUGAUUAGACGUUAGAAGAUUGAGCUGUGAAUUGCGUUGUUUCUCCGUUCCCUCAGCAGAUUGGGUCGAGGAUGCUGAGAUUUUCUUUUGGUUUUAAAGCCUCCUCUGGAAAACCUGGC